AAGGUUCAGAUCUCCAUCCAUCAAUCGAUCGAGAGAAGAUGUCUUCAACCUUCAGUGGCGAUGAGACCGCUCCAUUCUUCGGAUUCCUCGGCGCCGCCGCGGCGCUCGUCUUCUCCUGCAUGGGAGCCGCCUACGGGACAGCCAAGAGCGGCGUCGGCGUGGCGUCGAUGGGGGUGAUGAGGCCCGAGCUGGUGAUGAAGUCGAUCGUGCCCGUGGUUAUGGCCGGUGUUCUCGGUAUCUACGGCCUGAUCAUCGCUGUGAUUAUCAGCACCGGGAUUAACCCUAAGGCCAAGUCUUAUUACCUGUUCGAUGGCUACGCGCACCUCUCUUCCGGUCUCGCUUGUGGUCUCGCCGGGCUCUCUGCCGGUAUGGCAAUUGGUAUCGUUGGAGAUGCUGGCGUCAGAGCCAAUGCACAACAACCUAAGCUGUUUGUGGGAAUGAUCCUUAUUCUUAUCUUUGCUGAAGCUCUGGCCCUCUAUGGCCUUAUUGUUGGAAUCAUUCUAUCUUCUCGGGCAGGUCAAUCAAGAGCCGAGUAAACGAGGUCUAGCCCUGAGCUGCGAUGGUGUGGUUUGUGUAGUGCUUCAGGAAGCUUAUCGGUAUAUUUAUUCGAUUAAGGUGGAAGUUAACUCCUCAUGAUUCUUGCCGUGCUUGUCUAUGUUUUGGUCAGAUAUAUGAUGCCGUUACACCUUCAUAUUCGAUUUACAACAAUCAGAUCUCGUCUUCCAUCAUGUGAACUAGUAAUUAUUGUUCCUUGUCAUGCUAUAUGCUGCGGACACUAAUCAAAUCUGUCUCAAAGUACUGCCUUUCUAUUCUGCUA